AUGUCCUCCGCUUCGACGCUCGAAUCGACCAUCUACGUUCGCGAUGAUGACGAGGAGGAUACGAAUUUUAACGGCAAAAUUGAGCUGAUUUUUGGUCCUAUGUUCAGCGGGAAAUCCACGGAACUGCACCGAAGAAUUCGUCGACACAAAAUUGCCGGUCGGUCCGUCCUGCUCAUCAAAUACAAAGACGAUACGCGAUACGCGCACAUUUGCGGAUCGAACGCGAACGUCACGCACGACCACCAAACGUUACCCGCGCAUUCCGCGAAGGAGUUAAUGGGGAACAUGGAUAACAUCGCGCACAAUUACGACGUGAUUGGUAUCGAUGAAGGACAGUUUUUUGGAGACGUCGUUGCGUUUUGCGACCGGUGGGCGAAUAAAGGGAAGGUUGUUAUUUGCGCCGCGUUGGACGGAACGUACGAGAGGGAGAUGUUUAACGAUAUUUUGAAGUUGGUACCGAUGGCGGAGAGCGUGGAUAAGUUGACGAGCGUGUGCGCGAUGUGCUCGAAAGACGCCUCGUUUACGUUGAGAUGUUUUGAUAGUAGUAAGAAUAGCAGCCGAGAGAAGGAAGAAGAGGACGGACCGGUGGAGCUCAUCGGCGGGGCGGAGAUGUAUAAAGCGGCGUGCAGAAAGUGCUAUUUUGCGGCGAUGAAAGGUAGAAGAGGGGACAAGAGAGAAAGUUUAGGCGAAAUGGCGACGACGGAGAUGACAAAAACGGCAAAAAAGAAAGCGACGACGCCUUUGGCGACGAGACCCGUCAUCGGCUCGCCGACAAACGCGAAACGCGUCGCGGAGGCGUUGGCGGAAACGGUAGAUUCACUCUCGUUGCAAACGCCGCCAUUGAAUGCUAUGACCAGAAGUAAAGCGACGCCUACGAAAUAUAACGAAGACGUAGGUGAUGCGUUUACGUUUGCCACGCCAAGUGGCGGGAACGCCCUAUUGGAUGAUAUCGGCUUCGCCACGGGCAAGUUGGGCGAACAAGUGAAAAAGGCGAAGAAAACGGCGACGAAGAAAAGUAGAGGAUUCGGUGGACCAGGGAGAAGUCCUUUGACGGAUUUCAUGAACACGUCUAGAAGUCCAAUCACGACGUUGCGUUAA